CUUUCAAGACAGCCAGCUACUGCAUCCCGUCGUCGCUGAUUCUUCUGCUUCGUCGUCUUCUGCGGCUUGUUCUUCCACUCCCCCCCCCCCUCAUCGUGGCACCUCAAAAGACACCCAAUUGAUAACCCCCCAAUAAACACACAACCAUGGCGCCAGGAGCCCUCAUCGACGAGCCCGUUCAGCCCGCUCAGGGCCCCUGGAAGGGCAAGAACGACAAUGCUCCUAGGGAUAUCUUCCCCGACGGCAUCCGCACUUCGGGCCAGCACAACCCCCUUUACGACGUGUUGCGCCCGUACGAAGAGUUCCCCAAGGAGAUCUCGGGUCCGACCGUCUGGCACAAGGAAGAGUUUGAGCAGCACCCCGAGAAGUGGACGCACCGCUUCACUCCUGAGGAGGUUGAGGAGCUUGGUCGCACCUCCGACGCCUUCAUCGCCAGCAAUACGCCUCUGACGGGCAUCUCCAAGGACAACUUCCCGCUCCCGACGCUGGGGAGGCGCCUCAUCGACCUCCGCGAGGACCUCAUCAACGGCAAGGGCUUCAUUCUCUUCAAGGGGUUCCCCGCGCAGGAAUGGGGCCCGCACAAGACGGCGGUCGGGUACAUGGGCCUCGGCACGUAUCUGGGCUAUUUCGUGUCGCAGAACAGGCGUGGCCACGUGCUGGGCCACGUCAAGGAUGUGGGCGACGACCCGACGCAGAUCGACAAGGUGCGCAUCUACCGCACGACGGCGCGCCAGUUCUUCCACGCCGACGACGGCGAUCUCGUCGGGCUGCUCUGCGUCCACCGCGCGGCCGAGGGCGGCGAGAGCGACCUUGUCAGCAUCCACGCCGUGUGGAACGAGCUGCAGCGGUCGCACCCGGACGUGGCCGAGCUUCUGACCAAGCCCGUCUGGUACUUUGACCGCAAGGGCGAGGUGUCGGAGGGCCAGGAAGAGUGGACACGCCAGCCCGUAUUCUACAUUGAGAACGGCGGCAAGGGGCGGGUGUACUGCAAGUGGGAUCCGUACUACGUGCGCUCCCUGACGCGCUUCUCAGACAAGGGCAUCAUCCCGCCGCUGAGCGAGGCGCAGCUGCACGCGCUCGAGACGCUCGAGAACACGUGCCAGAAGCUGGCGCUGCACAUGAUUCUCGAGGUCGGCGACAUCCAGUUCCUGAGCAACGCGCACUUGCUGCACGCCAGGACCGCGUACAAGGAUUACCCUCCGCCGGCGCCUCGCCGCCACCUCCUCCGCCUCUGGUUGUCGACGCCGGAGACCGAGGGCGGGUGGGCGCUGCCGUUCCCUGACAGCAAGGAGCUGAAGCGCGGCGGCAUCCAGGUCAACAACACGCCGCCUCGUGCGCCGUUGGACGCCGAGUAGGCGAGGAACUGAAGCGAGAAGCAUGGUAAAAGAACUGGACGUUGUUAUUAUUUUGUUAGUCUUUGGGUGUCGUGUUUAUAUGAAUAGCGCGUUAGAUGAGGACGGGGGCAAACCACGCGAGCCGUUUAGCUCUUUCGAGAUGGUGGCGCUUCCUUGUAAAGUCGGAAUAGAAACGACGUUGCGUAUAGUGUCGAACAGUGGGUUUGAAUAGAUAGAUAGGCAACUCAUAAACCAAACAAGUAAAAAAAGUCAAAUAACAAGGACCUUGGUCGUAACGUGUGAUACAUGUCCCCACGGACGCUAUGUGUGGCACGGCGAGCAACAGCGAAAGUGAGGCAAUACCGUUGUAUU